AUCUCGAUCAUGGAUAGUGCAAAAGGCAGGAAUUAAUAGUGUUUUGAAAAUGUUUAAAUAUUAGCUACAAGAAUAAGUAAUGAAAUAUGGAGGCAUCUAUUUAAAAAUUGUAAUGUCAUCUUUACUGGACGUUUUAAGGUCAUCGCGGGAUGAUAUACGUAAAAACACACCUCCUCUAACGAACACAGAAGGUCUUCGACUCACCGGAGAAAGGUGUGCAAGCGAACGUAGGCUGUUUUAUCAGCGUUAUCGUCGGCAGUUGCAAGCGUUUGGGGAUGCGCAGCGUGGACGAAUCGCGGGCUGGACUAGCGGCUAUAAGAGGGACGCCGCGCGUCGCGACGCCACACAAUCUCCAGUUUGUCCUGACGCCAGCUCCACGAGUUUUCCCCCCGUACGUUACAACAAUACGAACCAGUGA